AUGGAACUGGGUGACAAGCUAGUCGGUUUUCUACUGACUCUGACAAGCUUAUCCAUAAUUACAUACUAUACAUUGUGGGUCAUUAUUUUGCCAUUCGUUGACAGGGAUCACUUUGUGCACAAGUAUUUCCUGCCUCAAAAGUAUGCGAAUUUGAUAUCAGUGCUGGCGGGCGUAGUUCUCGUUUCAUUCUUGAGCGUGUGGGUCUUGUGA